AUGUCGGAAUCGUACGAGCGCGAGCGACAAAAUAACGCCCGCCUAGAUGAGCUCUCGGCCAAAGUGUCGGCGCUGCGCGGCGUGACGAUCGACAUCUACGACAGCGCGCGGUCACACGAAGUGAUUGAGUCUACGUCCGAGACCUUCUCCACCAUGGGCACGCAGCUCAAAGGCUCCGCAACGCGCCUGGGGCGCAUGGCCGCGGCGGGGAACAAAGUCGCCGUGCUGAAGCUGUCCGGCAUCCUGAUCGUAAUCAUUAUCAUGUACUAUAUUUGCUGCUGCGACUGCUACUAA